AAGACCAUUCAUAAAUGUAGAUUUCCAUUUUCCACCGACGUUGGAUAGGCAGAGAGCGUCUGGUCGGGAUCAAGAUCAACCCACCAGCCACAACCAUAACCACAAGACCAAAAACCACUAAAAAUCAAUACCAGAAUCCACUGUCGGUGGCCGCUUAUCGGGAUCUCCUCUCCUUCUAUCUCAUUUAUCUUGCCAAUUCUAAAACCGCAAACACGGAUAUUUACACAGAUAUUGAUUGGAGCACUGACAAGAUGACGACAGCAGGCGGCGGGGGCGGCCGUUACAUGGCCUAUUCUCCGUCUCCGUCUGCCCCUCACUCUCCUCAUCUUUCUGGCAUCCGCUCCGCCUCCUCCGCUCUCGUCGAGCAAGAAAAGUAUCUUUCAGAGUUAUUAGCAGAGCGGCAUAAGCUUAGCCCAUUUAUGCCUGUGCUUCCUCAUACGUAUCGAUUGUUAAACCAAGAAAUAUUGCGUGUAACUACACUGUUGGGGAAUGCAUCAGUUUUAGGUCAAAGUGGGAUUGAACAUGCUAGCCCUCUGGCUUCCGGAGGAAUAUUUUCAAAUGGAGGAGCCGAUUCAAAUGGAUGGGCAUCACGGUUUCAAUCAGAAAUGUCGGGUUUAUUACAACCCUCUUCAGCACAGAACUGGCUGAGUUCUCAAGGCAGUUCAUCUGGUCUUAUUGUUAAGAAAGCUAUCAGAGUUGAUAUUCCAGUCGGCAAAUAUCCUAAUUACAACUUUGUUGGGCGCCUCCUUGGUCCUAGGGGAAACUCUCUUAAGCGAGUAGAAGCAAGUACUGAGUGCCGUGUUCUGAUCAGAGGGCGUGGCAGCAUUAAGGAUCCAGCUAGGGAAGAAAUGAUGAGAGGGAAACCAGGGUACGAGCAUCUAAAUGAACCUCUUCAUAUCUUAGUUGAAGCAGAGUUACCAGUUGAAAUAGUUGAUACUCGCCUAAUGCAAGCGCGUGAGAUACUUGAAGACUUGUUGAAGCCUGUGGAUGAAUCUCAGGAUUUCUAUAAGAAGCAGCAGCUAAGAGAGCUAGCAAUGUUGAAUGGUACAUUUCGUGAAGAAGGUUCUCCGAUGUCUGGUUCAGUCUCCCCCUUCCACAACAGCCUUGGUAUGAAGAGGGCCAAGACCCGGGGGUAACGGAUCCCCAUUCUUAGUGGGAUUUUGGAGCAUGUUUGUUUGUCCUGCCAGUAAUCAGCAGUUCCCAUGCCACAGAUGUUGCUGUGUCAGCCGUUGCCUCCGACUGCCGUCGGGGCACUGGCACUGUUGGGCGCCAGUUCUAACUUGUUUCUAUAUGAAGUGUGUUUAUCUUAUGUUUGGUGGAGGUUUAAUGACAGUAUCACAUAGUAGGAAGCCAGUUGAGUCCGGGGGUUUGCUUUUGUAUGUUGCUUUAGGCAGUUUGGACUCCAAGACUGCCCCUGUAUUAAAUUAGGCUUUACUAUAUAUAAGCGUGUAUUGACAUUUUUGGUAGUGACGGGGAUUUAUGUGAGAAAGAUUGGUUUGUAUACAAAUAGCAAGCUAAGAAUUGAUCUAUCCUAUUGCAUGUUGUCUGGGAUGGAGUGUUUUGUAUUAUGAAGUGUAGAUCGAACUUGAAAUUUGAAGUCUUUCUUUUUCA